GUCUCCCAUCACUCGCUGUCUGCACCUAGCCUCUCAUCAAUCACCAAUGGCGAUGGGUGGCUGAGAGGAAGAAGGGAAAAAAAAAAAGCAGGCGGAGAGCUCCCCAUGGCUUCCCUCGCCUCCCCUCCUCUCCCCACCCACGCGCCCACCACAGCCGCUCGCUUCCUCCCCGCCCCGGCUAGCCGCCACGGCGUGCGCCUUCCUCGCCUCCUCAGCCAGUCUCCGCCGUCCGUGUCGCCUCUCUUCUCCUCUGUUUCCGCCCGCUUCCCCGCUUCCCCACGCGCUGCCCGCGAGCGCCGGCGCGACUCCGUACGGGCAUGCUCUCAAGCCGGUGCUGCUGGACCAGCUCCAUUGUCAAAGACACUAUCAGACCUCAAAGAUUCCUGCUGGAGAUUUUUGAGGCCACACACAAUUCGAGGAACUGCUCUGGGAUCCACAGCUUUGGUUGCUAGAGCCUUGAUAGAGAAUCCCCAAUUGAUAGACUGGCGCUUGGUAUUCAAAGCAUUCUAUGGGCUUGUGGCAUUGAUCUGCGGCAAUGGUUACAUUGUUGGGAUUAAUCAGAUCUAUGACAUUGGAAUCGACAAGGUAAACAAGCCAUACUUACCUAUUGCUGCCGGUGAUCUCUCAGUUCAGUCAGCAUGGUUAUUGGUCGUAUCAUUUGCAGUGGUGGGCUUUUCAAUUGUUGUUUCAAACUUUGGACCUUUCAUUAGCUCUCUUUACUGCCUUGGUCUAUUUCUUGGCACUAUAUAUUCUGUUCCUCCAUUCAGACUGAAGAGAUAUCCGGUUGCUGCUUUUCUUAUCAUUGCGACGGUUCGUGGUUUCCUUCUGAACUUUGGCGUGUACUAUGCUACUAGAGCUGCAUUAGGUCUUACUUUCCAAUGGAGCUCGCCUGUUGCUUUUAUUACAUGCUUUGUGACUUUGUUUGCUUUGGUAAUUGCUAUAACCAAAGAUCUUCCGGAUGUUGAAGGAGAUCGCAAGUUCAAAAUAUCAACUUUGGCGACAAAGCUUGGUGUUAGAAACAUUGCCUUCCUUGGCUCUGGUUUAUUGCUGGCAAACUAUGUUGCUGCUAUUGUUGUACCUUUUCUCAUACCUCAGGCUUUCAGGAGCAUUGUAAUGGUACCUUUUCAUGCUGCUCUUGCAGUUGCUUUAAUUUUCCAGACAUGGGUUCUGGAGCAAGCAAAGUACAGUAAGGAUGCUAUUUCGCAGUACUACCGGUUCAUCUGGAAUCUUUUCUAUGCUGAAUAUAUAUUCUUUCCCUUGAUAUAGAGAGGUAACUUUUCUGAUAUGGCGUCUAACCUGGGCUACAUGAUGGGAGCAUACCAAAAUGAGAGUCUGUUGGCACAACAAAGGACAAUUUUUUUUUGUGCCUGUAAAACGGGAGCUUUUGUACAUAUUUUGACUGGUAGGGGAACAGAGCAGUGAUACUAUGAGGGCCUUGAAGAUAUUAUAGAAGUUUCCAUUAGAGUUUGGCAUUGAGUACUUGCUGUUACUAGACCAACUCAAAAUCACAUUGGUGGCUGAAAUUUAAUUGGUGAGCGUUUGACGUCGAUGCAAGUUUAAGCUCCUGUCUGUCCACAAACAACUGUUCUGCGAACUGGCAAGGUUUUCCACCAGCCGGAGGCUACGAGAGCUACUUUCACUUGGUUUCUUAAAAAUGCAUUCUUCUCAAAACACAUGGACCAGAUACUACUACUCUACUACUACUAGUAUUUGUAUCAUCAA